AUGCCAGCGAUUCCAAAAAUUCCAGAAACUUUGGAAGAAUAUCAAAUAAUCAUUAAAUAUCUUCAGUCAAAAACUAUACCAAAUGAUAUUCAACAAGACCCCACAAAAAAAUCCAAUUUUAUUCGUCAUUGCAAAAAAUUUGAAGUUGAUGAAAAUAAUUUUCUUUAUGUCAAGCCGAUUAUGAAAGAUGGUAUAAUAUUGGAAAAAUGUCAUGUAAUCCCUAAAUAUGAUGAAGAGAUAUGUACUUUAAUUUUGAAAUAUUUUUAUAAUCAAGCAAAUUAUCGGGAGUAUCACAAGACUUUCUCUGCAAUUUCAGAAAAACAUAUUGGAAUUACACAAGAGAAAGUAAGAAAAUAUGUAAAUCAAUGCACUACUUGUACCAUAACUACUUCUAUCAAAGAAAAAACCGAUAUGAAGAAUGUGAUAUCAAUAGUAUCAUGGCAGCAAAUUCAAAUUGAUCUAAUCGAUUUCCGAGAUUUUGCUAAAGUCAAUAAUGAUUUUGCAUGGCUACUUACAUGUAUUUGUGUGUUUUCUAAAUUUCUGAUUGCAGUUCCUAUAAAGAAUAAAGAAGCAAGCACAGUCGCGACACAUCUUCUAAAAGAUGUUUUCAAAGUUCUUGGACCCCCCAUGAUUAACAAAGUGAUAAUGUCACAAGAUCAAAUUGAGCAACUUAACCAGACAGUGGGCUGUGGUUUUACUAAGUUGUUGUGGAAUCAAAGUAACCAGUUACAGAGAAAAGACUGGAUUAAUGUAAUUGACACGUUUGUUAUGUCGUAUAAUUCAACUGUCCUCAAAGCACAUGGCUGCACCCCACACAAAGCAAUUUUCAAAUGGAAAAUGUAUUGUGUAUAUGAUACAUCCGAUUUCUCCAGAACUAUCGCUGCUUCUGAAACUUCCACCUUUGAAACCAUCACCACCACCUCUAAGACCACUGUUUUUGAAACCACCACCUCCGAAACUAUAACAGACGAAGCUGCUAUGGAACAAUGCAUUUCACAUAUACUUAAAAUUCACCAAUCCAUAAAUGCUUCACUUGAAAAGUAUCGUGAAAAGUUAGGCCUUGCUAUUGCGCCCGAUCAUAAUAUGAAUCAACAAACUCGCAAGAGAAAGUUGCAGCCAACCUUUUCAGAACAAGGUGUUUUUAAGUCCCUCAAGUCCAAUAAUUACACUGCAAUUGUUAAAGUAAAUGGCAAAGAUAUUCAAAUUCCUGUCAAACGGGUCCGGGCUAUAAAGAAAAAAUUGUAA